CCUCUCAUCCUCCCUCACACUACAGGGAAGGGAGGAAAAAAAUCGGAUCAAGCUUUUCCGGUCUGAUAGCCCUAAUUUCCUCCCGGACCUCUGGCUUUGGAGCUGCGGGGGAGGCGCGGGCUGAGACGGGGAGAUCCUGGCGGCGCAGGAGCUCAGACGCACGCCGCCGCUCGGACACUCCGCGCGGCUGCCACACUCCAGCGGCCGCUCCGCUGCGCUCCCUCCGCCGGCCGUGAGGCUCGUCUCCGGCCGCGGCGCAGCUCCCACCUCCAGGAUUUCUUCUCCUGUUAUGUAACUCUCUCGCUCGGAUCUCUUGUUUACCGCCGCGGCGGCUGACGCGCGCAGGUAGGACCCCGCGCCGGCCUGCGUCCUGCGCGCAGAGGGAGGAAACCUGAGGCCAGCGGGGAUGAGAGCUCAGCCCGGCCGGAUUUCACUGGUGCGCUGCCAGAAGCAUCUGGAAAGGAUAACAUUGGGAUCGACUCCCCCUCCAGAGGAGCAGCUCAGACGCUCCGGCUGCUCCCCUCUGAAGGAUGCCUGUUAGUCUGUGUUUGCAAAGCAACCCUGCUCUGCUGGCUGCUCUCUAGACUCAGAUGCUCCUCAGUGACACAAACAUCCACCCAAAAAAGACAGACUCCAAGGUCCCCUCCCAACACACAGACAUGCACUGAAGAUGUGUGCUGCCAGGUUCAGCGGCUGCCUCAAUGGCUGUGCAGAGGAGGUCACCUGCAGUGCUCCGGUCGUGACCUCCAGGAUGCUGGACUGGACUGGGGCCGGGCCCCGCAUCCUCCACACCCUGGAGAUGGGCAUGGUCCUGACGGUCUUCUACCAAAAGAAGUCCCAGCGGCCCGAGAGGAGAACCUUCCAGAUCCGGCAGGACACCAGGCAGAUAGUGUGGAGCCGAAACCCGGACAAAACUGAAGGAGAUGUGGACAUACGGGAGAUCCGAGAGCUGCGGUUGGGGAAGGGCUCCAGAGACUUCGAGCGCUACCCAGAGGAGGCUCGUAAACUGGACCCCGCCCACUGCUUCAUCGUCCUCUAUGGGGUGGAGUUUCGCCUCCGGACCCUCAGUGUGGCUGCUUACAGUGAGGAGGAGGUCAACAUGUGGAUCACUGGACUGAACUGGAUGAUGAUGGACACCCAGAGAGCACCGGCGCCACAGCAGAUCGACAGGUGGUUGAGGAAACAGUUUGAAGUCAUGGACAGGAGCCACGAGGGCAGCAUCACUGUGAAGGAAGUCAAAGCUCUUCUGCCCCAAAUCAACUACAGAGUCCCCAACACACGCUUUCUCAAAGACAAGUUGCAGGAGGUGGAGGCCAGAAGUGAACUGUCGUACCCCAACUUCGCACAGCUGUACAGAACUCUGAUGUUCGACGCUCAGAGGAGUAUUAUUGAGCAGCUGGAGCUCUCCUUUCCCCUGCGAAACGUCGACCGGCCUGAGCUUUGUCAGAUCUCCCUCUACGACUUCCAGAAGUUUUUACAGAUGGACCAGAAGGAGUCCUGGGCGUCAGACCUGAGUCGAGUCAGGGAGUUUCUGCUGGGAUACAUGAAGGGGGCACCACAGCCUGAACCCAACCUACAGCUGGACGAGUUUCUGACCUUCUUGUUUUCCAAAGAGAAUUCUGUUUGUAACCCACGUCUUUCACCUGUCAACCCCGACGAGAUGAAAAGACCUCUCUCCCAAUACUGGAUCUCCUCCUCUCAUAACACAUACCUGACAGGUGACCAGUUCUCCAGCGAGUCGUCUCUGGAAGCUUACGCUCGCUGCCUGAGGAUGGGCUGUCGGUGCAUAGAGUUGGACUGCUGGGAUGGUCCGGAUGACCUGCCAAUCAUCUACCACGGCCACACUUUGACCUCCAAGAUCAAAUUCUUGGAUGUGCUGCACACCAUUAAGGAACACGCCUUUGUCACGUCCGAGUAUCCUGUGAUCUUGUCCAUCGAGGACCACUGCAGUGUGGUCCAACAGAGGAACAUGGCCACCAACUUCAAGAAAGUCUUUGGAGAUCUGCUGCUCACAAAGCCGGUCGACAACAAUGCAGACGAGCUCCCGUCUCCGUACCAGCUGCGGAGGAAGAUUCUCAUCAAGCACAAGAAACUGGUGGAAGGAACGUUAUACGAGGAGGUGAUGUCAGCCAGCUACUCUGAAAACGACAUCAGCAACUCCCUGAAGAACGGCAUCCUUUACCUGGAGGACCCCAUUGACCACACAUGGACGCCGCACUAUUUCGUCUUGACCAGUAAUAAGAUUUACUACUCAGAGGAGACGUCGCACUACCAGACGGCUGAUGAGGAGGAUGACGAUGAAGGAAAGGAGGAGUGCAACAACAAUGAGCAGCACUGUGCAGAGCGCUGGUUCCACGGGAAGUUGGGUGGAGGACGGGAUGGUCGGCAGGUGGCUGAGAAGCUCCUGCAGGAGUACUGCGAAGGCGGAGGGAAGGACGGCACCUUCCUGGUGCGCGAGAGUGAGACUUUUGUGGGAGACUACACCCUUUCCUUCUGGCGCUCCGGGCGAGUCCAGCACUGCAGGAUCCACUCCCGCCAGGAGUCCGGCUCCACCCGCUUCUACCUGACGGACAACCUGGUGUUCGACAGCCUCUACCGCCUCAUCUGCCACUACAGAGACACGCCGCUGCGCUGCAACGAGUUCGAGAUGAGGCUGGGAAACCCUGUGCCUCAACCUAACGCGCACGAGAGCCGAGAGUGGUACCACUCCAGUCUGUCCCGCGUCCAGGCUGAACACAUGCUGAUGCGCGUGCCGCGGGACGGAGCGUUUCUGGUGCGCAAACGCAGCGAGCACAACUCCUACGCCAUCUCCUUCAGGGCGGAGGGGAAGAUCAAGCACUGCCGCAUCCAGCAGGAGGGGCGGCUGUUCAUGCUGGGAAGCUCGGCGGAGUUUGAGAGUCUGGUGGAUCUGGUGAGCUAUUACGAGAGGCAUCCUCUGUACCGCAAGAUGAGGCUGCGCUACCCCAUCAACGAGGACACGCUGGACCGGAUGGGCACCACGGUGAGUCAGACAGGAGCGCUGUAUGAAGUCCGCACGCCUCAUUUCUACGUGGAAGCCAAUAAGAUGCCCACAGCUCGGUGCACGGUCAAAGCUCUGUAUGACUACAGAGCUCAGAGAGAGGACGAACUCUGUUUCCCCAAACAAGCGCUCAUCCUCAAUGUGGACAAGCAGGAGGGCGGCUGGUGGAGAGGCGACUACGGAGGAAAGAAGCAACUGUGGUUUCCUGCAAACUACGUGGAGGAGGUGCCCAGCUCUCCCACCAGAGACCUGGACGAGGCGUCGACAGACAACAGUCCUCUGGGGAACCUGCUGAAGGGCUUCAUUGAUGUACCCACCUGCCACGUUGUGGUCCAUAAAGACGGGAAGAACGCGCGGCCCUUCGUCUUCACCAUCCACUCCCAGCACCUGUCCUCUCACCCGGUCCAGACUCUGGAUGUGGCCGCCGACACCCUGGAGGAUCUCACCGGUUGGGUCGGCAAAAUCAGAGAGGCCACCCAGAACGCCGAUGCUCGGAUGCAGGAGGAGAAACAGAUGGAGAGGAGGAAGAAGAUUGCGGUAGAGCUGUCGGAUCUGGUGGUUUACUGCAGACCAGUUCCCUUCAACGAGGACAAAAUUGGGACAGAGCGCGCCUGUUACCGGGACAUGUCCUCCUUCCCUGAGACAAAGGCAGAGAAGUUUGCGACUCGAAGUCGAGGGAAGCGUUUCCUGCAGUACAACCGCCGCCAGCUGUCCAGAGUUUACCCCAGAGGGCAGAGACUGGACUCCUCAAACUACGACCCACUACCCAUGUGGCUCUGCGGCUCCCAGCUGGUGGCUCUCAAUUUUCAGACACCAGAUAAACCCAUGCAGCUGAACCAGGCUUUGUUCAUGCUUGGAGGUGGCAGCGGAUACGUCCCUCAGCCUGACAUCAUGAGGGACGACGCCUUUGACCCCUUUGACAAGGACACGCUGCACGUGGAGCCAAUCACCAUCCAGAUCCAGGUGCUGGGAGCUCGACAUCUCCCCAAGAACGGCCGCAGCAUCGUCUGUCCUUUUGUAGAAAUGGAGAUCUGUGGAGCGGAUUACGACUGCUGCAAGUACAAGACUGAUGUUGUCGCUGAUAACGGCCUGAAUCCUGUGUGGCUGCAGAAGCAGUUUGUGUUUGACAUCCACAAUCCCACCUUCUCCUUCCUGCGCUUCACCGUCUAUGAGGAGGACAUGUUCAGUGACCCCAACUUCCUGGCGCAGGCGACAUACCCAGUCCGCCUGCUGCGAACAGGCUACAGAAGUGUUCCUCUGAAAAACAGCUACAGUGAGGAGCUGGAAUUGGCGUCUCUUUUGGUUCAUAUAGAGAUCGUCAAUGCAAAGGAGGAAGACGAUGAGAAUUUGUAUACGUCAAUCCAGCGGCUUCGGGAUCGGACCAGCGAGCUGUCCACCCAGGUGUCUCUGCUGGAGAGGGCCGGCUCUGCAGACCUGAGCUACCAGCAGAGUCUGGAAGAGCUCCGAGCCGCUCAGGACCAGCUGAGUGAGCUGGUGGAGGCUCGCAACCGCAGGCUGACAGAGAAGAAGAGGAGGGAGAAGCUAAGGCAGCAGGUGGCGGCAAAGCGCAGCUAGCCAUCGUAUCCCGCGUAGCCUUGGACGAUAUCUCCACCGCAGCAAUAUAAAGCUUGAAACUGGAAAAAACAACAACAACAUGAAACUAACCGAGUUCCUUUUCAGUAGGAAGUGGAAUAUUCCGGUGCUAACAAACGUAGAAACACAGACAUGGAGAGACAACACAUAACUAAGCUACAAAACAAUCAUGCUAAAGGGCUGGAAUGCACGGAGAGCAUUCUGGAGGAAAAAAGCUGAGCUUCUUAUCUUUUUAGUAAAUCACAUUAAUCACCCUUUUAUAUGCCAUUUUUAAUUAUAAAUUCUUGAUACGGACGAAUUUUAAAGGAAAUAAAUGAAUUGCAGUAGAUUUUGAAGAGUUAACAUAAUAGGAGUUACAAUUUGCAGCAAAAAUCUACAUGAAAAUAAACUAAAUGAAGGGAAAUAUUAAAGUUGUGCUUUUGCGCACAGAAAGCACUUAAAACAUUCCUGGUGCAGGAAUGUAGGAAGUAAAUCAAUUUGUGGCUUUCGUCUCAAUUAAUCUUAUCUAAUGGAAUCAAUAGCCACAAAAAAAAGAAUAAACAAAAACAAAGCCUGUGGACCAGUCUGCUCUCAAUGCCUUUCAGGUUUUUGGGAGAAAACUGGAUAAAAAAGGGAGAGAAAUGCUCAGGUUACUCAAAAAUAAAGUCAACAACUCACAUGUUGGUAUAAAGGGAGUGUUGCUGGAAGGAAAUAUCUCAAUCGUGCCUUUAUUGAUGGGCUUUGUUGCUCUAGAGAAAGAAAACUGGCUGCUUUUUUACAACUGGAAAAGUAUAAUAACUGGAUAAGAUGAUCCCUCUUUGGCUCAGACCACUGUACUCACUAAGGAUUUAAAGACUGACUAAGAUCCUCCAGAUCAAGCCUUGAUUCAGGGGAUCUCAUGAACUCCUCACGCCCCAUGUCACAUUGGGGUGAGCACAAACUGUACAAAGAGAAGGUCUGUAAAUCCUUCUCCAAGGGCUUGAGGUCUAUCUACACUACCUUAAAGGUGCAGGAGCUAGAAUUGGGGAGAGGCCCCCUCACCCUCCCGGAUGUCGCCCGCACUAGGGCUCCAGUGUGUUACACACAUUCGUAUAAGCUACAUAAGGGCUAUUAGCACUCCGCUGGGAUUCAGCGCCUCUCACCCGGAGCAGGAUGAGUUCCACCAUCUGGCUCUAAUCAACAGAUGUGGCUCAGCUGGUCCCGGAUCUGCCAGAACUGUUCUGGUCUGAGCCUCUGCAUGGCUUCAUGUCUCACCCCGACUAAUUUAUAUAACGUCUUAUUUAUCAGUAGAUUCUGUUUUCAUAGACAUAGAAAUGUAUUACAAGAAUACUUAUGGAGUGACCCCAAAUUACCCUUUAAAUGUUCCUAUGGACUGUGGAGAUUUCAGUUCUUGUUUUCACAGGAUUCAGUUCUUCAGGACAGCUGAGCUUUUAAAGGUUAAUCUAGAAGAUACUUGGCUGCUCAUCCAAAUGGCUACUUCAGCUGAAGAAGCUACUUAGGUUAGCAGCCAAAUGCCUUCAAGAUCAACCUUGAAGAACAGAAUCCUUUGGUCCCCGUAGACACAAACCGACUCUCUCCCAGCAGUUCUGUUGGGAGCUCUAUGCAAACUUUAUUGGCCUACAGCCAUCGUGUGUUAACUGAUUUGACAAAAGCUGUCCUCUUUCUGUACUUAUGGUCAUUGUCCAGUAUUAUUACUCUGCAUUUUGGAUCAAGUGCAAGUUCCCAGUUAAUAAAGCUCUUUCAUGGACCUAC